AAAUGACAGAAAGUGGUAGAAAUGACACAAAUUCAUUAUCUUAUUCGUUUUUACUUUACUUUUUUUAAACUUUAGGUUUAUUUAAUCAUGAUUUAAAUUAAUUGAAUCUAGAAAAUGCUCCAAGGUGUGCACACGUUGAAAACUAAGUAGUAUUUGUCUUUAUUUUUAGAAGAUGCCACAUAAAACAGCACAGAGGUCACAGACAUAUAGAAACAAAAUAAAAAACGAUCCUAUAUGAUACCAGGAACAUCUGCAAAAAGACAGGGAGAGAUACUGGAAGAAAAAAGAGAAAGGAGAAGUGAAAUCUAUCUCUGAGCUUACAAAGCGAGGGGGAAAAAAACGAGAUGGAAAUGAAAAUGUAACCAACGGAAUAGAUGACAGACUUAAAGAGAACAGUUGCAAUGGAGACCUACCUAUCAGGCAACACACCACCUCAGUCACCAAAUGACUUGCAGCCAGAACAUGAGGCUAACAUACCUGCCCCUGAUGCACACCCUGAUACCCCUUCCUCAUCGUCUGCAACAUGAAUGAGAAGUCGAAUACUUGCUGUAAGGAAAAAGGUUGGAAGAUGUCGCUCAAAAACAUACAGAGAUCUUAGUAUGACAAAUGUCAAACUUGAUAAUGCUUUACGGAAAGCUGAGAAAUACAAAAAAAGGUAUGAUCGACUGAUAAACAAAAUGAAGAGACAAGAUUCCCCAAAGACAAAACAGCAAAUGAAGGGAACUCCGAAGAACUUGAGAAGGAUUUUAUUGUUUCAAAAUGCCAUCAUUGCAGAGUUAAAACAAAAGUAUAAAAAAAAUGUGUGGUGCCAAAGACAAACAAGUGGCUUCAAAAAUGCUCAGAGGCAACAUCUUGAGAAAGUAUGGGCUGGUCAAAGCCGCAAACAGAGAAUUUGGAUUUUCAGCAAAAGCAAUGAGUGCAAAUGAAAACAGGCCAUCAAGUCUUCAAUACUCAAGGAAAAAUCAGUGUAACAGAAUUAGCACUGCCACAGAAGAGAAAAUCACUAGAUUCUAUGAACGUGAUGACAACAGCAGAGCAACAACAGGGAAAAAGGACACACUAACGAGGAACAAGAAGAAAAAGCAGAAGCACUUCUUGAAUGGCACAAUUCAGGACCUUUAUCAGAAGUUUAAGAGGGAAUAUAUAUAGGUCUGAAAUGUUUACCAAUGGUUGUUGUUCAAAAUGUUUGCAAUAAAAUAUUGUUUUCAUAUGUUUUUUUUUUUUUACAUAGAUGUCAUUUCCACCACACCUUGUCAUUUCCAUCACAACCCAUAUUUUGAGGUCUGGACCCCAGCAGAUGGCCAGAUGAUGACCUACAAUCUGUCACCCUAGAUGAGCCAUGGAGGUUACGGGUGGCAGCUGCCCAGGCGUAUUCUAUAAUGAAGACAAGAGAUAUCAAGAGGUUUGAGAGGGUGAUGGAGUUCAUGGAUGUCACCUAUACACUGCUGCCACGACUGGUGCCCCCUAUCAAACACAUGAAAAUCAUGUUUGGCCUCAAGACCAAGAUAAUUAUGUGGAUGCUUCGGGAAGACCAAGGUAUUGUCAACACUGUUGUGAAGCUCAUUAAGUUUUUUCCAAGUAGACUACCUCAGUACCAUGAAUGUAGCCGACAAGAGAUGCACCUAAUGAGGAAGAACCACCAGGACUUUAAGGCUUUGGCCCAGACUCUUGCAAUGGACAUGUCCAUGCGCAACUCUUAUAUCAAGGAUUUGAUGGAGGACCAAUAUGGAGAAUGCUAUGCCCAGAAACUGGAGGACAGGUUGCUGCAUUACCUUCAGGAACUGGAGUCGACGCUGCAGAGUGAUACAUAUUUUGACCAGCUGUUGAAGCAGGAGGGUCCAAUGGCAUACGAAGAGGAGUUACUAUUGCCAUUAAUUACCUGUGACCCCACCUCCCUUGCUGCGUCCUUGAAGAGGCUAUUCCACUCUGCUGAGUCUUCUUCAAGAUGCCAUCCCAGCCACGGUGCCCAUAAGGUACCAGCACAGGAGAGGGGAAUAGGCCGGGAGCUAGAGGGUCCUGGGACCUCAAAAGUUGCGCUAAGGUCGCCCAAGGAGAGAACACACAAAGGCAGGCAGUCACAGCUUGACAGGACAAGUCUCUACGCAUUCCAGGGUAUCUGUCAAGAUAACCGAGAGGAGAGAUCCAACUCAUUGGGGUUGGGUCCACACCAUGCUUGUGCAGCUGAGCAAAGUUUAGAGCCACAGGCGCUUAUCGUGGAGUUGGGGGUGGAUCUGUCCAAAGACAGUCCACCCCUCCUGGAGGAGGAAGUCUCUGAUGGGGAGGAGGGGAUUCGAGACAGGACGGAGGUGGAGGACAGGCAGAACAAUGAUGAGGUGCCUGAGGCCUCCCCAAUGCAGCUGUGCUCUAAACACCAGAAAUGGGUUAGGAGCAUUCUGCAGGAGUGCUCUGAGGAACUGCUGUGUGAAAAGAGUGAUACCCCAGUGCACUGUCAGGGGUCCUCUUCCACCUCAUCACAGGACUUGACCCCAUCCCUCCUCACCCUUUGUCAACCCCAACAUCUAACUCUGGCCACACAGAACCCUUCCCCUCCUCAAACAGUAGCUGUAUCCCAACCUACGGCCCUCAAUGACAGAGCCCAUUCUGAACAGGCUGAGGAACCAUCAGACAGCCCAGAGGCCAGUAGAACACAUAGGGUCAAGCUGAGACUGUCUAUGGAGAGUCAGGCUCUUCUGCUUAUGUCAAAGUUUCUACAGCCAUUUGUGCGGCUCCGAAAACUGACCCAGCAGGAGUGUAGCAUGGCUGCAGAGCUAAGAGGGACCAAGACCCCUGAGGACGAAGACAGUGAUGAUGGCGAAGAGGAGGAGGAUGAAGAACAUGUGGAAAAAACUCCAGUGUAUUCUUAUUAUGAUUUAAACAUGCUCUAUUCUAGUUUUGAGUCAAGCUCUGAUGAAGAUCCCGAAACACAGGAUUCAGAUUCUGACUAUGUUCCUGGAUAUGGAAAGAGAAUGUACAACCAAAGUGUGUGAUGGAGGAAGAAGCAUGGUCCUGGGGUUGACAACGAGGUACGGGAUUAGAUUGAGGUAUCAGGGUGGUGUCCACCAUUUGCUGAGGUUAAACGAACUGCUACAUAAUUAUUCAGCAUCAGAAUUCAGGUUCAAUUUCAGUAAAACAGUAUUCAAUAUGCCCAGUUCAACCAGGUGUAAUGUUGGUAUAAUAACCCUUUACAUACCAUAAUACACAGCACCAGUUUCUUACUGACCUAGGUUCUUGGGCUGACGAUACCAGUAUCUCUAUAUUUUUCCAUGGCAAAAAUGAAAAUACGAGGCAUACCAAACUCUGUAAAAUAUUGUGUGCUAUAGCUUGGAUAAUUAACAUGACUGGAUAACAUGGGGAUUUUUUAAUUCCCAACUUUAGGGUUAUUUUUUCCUAAAUAAGUAAAAUUAUUUUUGUGGAUUUGUUUCCUAGCCACGAUAUUAUACUGGUAUCGUCCCCGAUAUUUCAUGCUGUGUCAUGUUGACUCAGAGUGGUCUGUUUAAUGGUGUGACAUGGGUUAAAUAUUACUCAGAUAUUCUGAGUGGACUGCUACUGUCCAUAACAUGCAACCAAAAUCCGCUGACCAGUCAUUGUGCACCUCCUUUUGUUGACUAAUCAAUGAUGAUGACGUCAUUGGAAAUUGCGUACAUCACUGUACAAAUGGAAAAGCUGUGAAUCAUUCCUGGCUGUGUGUCAUAGGCAGCUCAUCUUGUGAAGUGAGGGUUCAGGGUCAUCGUGCUGUCAGUGUAAGCCACCUAUGCAUUUGUGCUUCCGCACUACCUUUGUUAGUUAAUCCAUAUAUUAGUUAGUCCACAGCAAUUUUGGGGUAGGUCAAGUGAGGGCACAGUUUCAGGGUAUGUGGGCCAAUGAGAAGACAGAUGUUAGAUGACUCAGCAACAUAUUCAUAGGAUGGGAUGCAUGAGAAGAUGGCAGAGGGCUUCCAUAGAGAGAGAAGAUGCCAGGGAUUCUCCUUUACCCAGAAGAGGGUCAUUGGGCCAAAGGCCUACAAAUAGGGUCAUACAUAUUAUUAACACCUCAUCAUUAAGAGACAUAUGUGAAUCAUGAUGUAGCAGUCUGUGUUUACUUCAGUUUUAAAAUCAUGUGUGGGAAAUGGAUCGGUGGGCAGGUGUUGAGGUAAAUUACGGUUGUUGUGAAGUGAGAAGGUACUUGACUCACAUACGAGUCACUUUUAGGUAGGUGAGCUUGAGUUCCGUGACAUGUUUUAUUUAUUAAGAAUGUAUAUGUGGACAGGUACGUGGUCAACAGGGGGACAUGGAGUGACAGGGUCUUUAACUGACUCAACCCCAUCAUGCCUGCUGGCGAUAGGGCACAGGGUCCUUAGCCAGAUAAGGGGAUGGUGGGGUACAAAGUUCCAGGGGAUUUUUGUGUGUGUUGAACCACUGCAUAAGGUUUUAUUAGGAUGUGUAUUUAUUUAUCUACAUUCUUCUGUACAUAUUUCAGGACACAGUGGCUCUACCAAUAUUGCAUAAUAAGUGGUUCAGUCUCUGUUCACUGAGUUACCCAUCAUGAGAGUAAACAACCCAAGAGUGAAGCAGAAGUUAUACUGUUGGCUACCUGUUACAUUACUGUGUUCAAUAAACCUUUUGUGUGAAAUGACAUAUAAAUUAAAACUAUAUUUUACACACAUGAA